GGCUGAAAUACGGAGUGACUGCGUAAACUAAGUCCAGCAAGCAAGAAUCCUUUGAAACACGCGCAGAGAUUAAGGGAGUGUUCACCUGAGUUCGUGAAGACAAGCAGUAGGCGAGUGAGUGAAGCUGAGUGGGAGGAGGAAGGAGAGAGAGAGAGAGACAGAAGCGACGAGACAGUGACGCUUACAAACGAAAGAGAUAAAAACAAAGGUACUACAGUCACAGCCAUGAAGAGCAACCACACCUUCCGCUACCUGUCCCAAGCCCAAGCCCAGUACCUGCCCCAGGAGGUCAACUUCUGGACCAUGGCGAUCGUUGCUGUCGGCACGGGCUUCAUUCUCACGGUGGCGGUCUCCAUUUAUUUGAUCUGCCAGACGCGGCUGGAGCGCCCUCUGGCAGUGCGGCAACAGCGAACAGUCCGGUACAUCAGCCAUGGACCAGACCUGCACCUCCGCCCGCACCAGUGUCCCCCGACCAACGCCCCGCACCUCGACGACCUAGCCCUCACACCGUACCACCUCCAGGACCCACCGCAAGAGGUCGCCGCCUCUCUACACUAGCUCUGUUUCUCUCCCUACCCUCAAAAUUAGGCUCGCCGCUGCACAGGCAAGAGAACAGCGUGAAAGGAAGGUUCCACACGCAGAUGAGCUUCAAGAGGCUUACGAAAACAGAUGAUAACAUUACCGCUAACAAUGGGACAUUCUCGAUUAAUUGCAGAAGGAGGUGGAAGGAAACACGGGUGCACUGAGUUGACUGUACUUCCCUAAGGUAAAGGUGGGUGCAUACGCUAUAUCUGCGCGUGGCUGCGGUGCUCUACUCCAAUCCGUUGACCCAUUGAGCUUGUGGUAGGUUAGAACCACUUACCUCGGGACGACGGGCCAAUGUGAAAUCCGGGAUUGCCACAGUUUAUCUUCCCCAGAUUUCCCCAGGCAGCCAUUUAUCGACCAGCCCGAAAGGGAGGAUGAAGAGCUGGGUAAGCUGAACGCCGACUGCCCUGGCCACGGUUCGAACCCGGGCCCGUGGAGUAAUAGCCAGGAACGCUGACCUCUAGACCACGGAGGCGUGAGUGAAACUAGUCGGAAAUACACUCACCUCAUUACGCCUUUCUUUAUAUCGUCCUCCUUCUCCAUUACCACCACUAUUUGACAUAUACGAAUUGCAGUAUCAUCAAUUUCUCAACGUCACAAGAAAAUGAAACUCCUCACACACCAGAAAGCCACGACAACGCAUUGCCAAAUUCACCUCCAACGCCCCACACCCACACCCAUACCCACACACACACACACACACACACACACACACACACACACACACACACACACUACUUCACACCACUCUGCAUCAUCUCUCUCAGGCUCUUGACGAUUCACCGCCGCCCCGACAGCAUCACUUAGACUGACACAAACACAACACCACAUCCAACACGCACGUCGAUCCCUCCUUGCAUCAAUCUAUUGUCCUCGCCAUCAAUCUGCACACCCAAUAACAAUACAUCUGCCUGGCGCUAUAAACACACGGACUCUCCUACAAUAUACCCCAACGGAACAUAAAAGAAAUGGUACCCUGACGAAAAGUAAUGUAAGCGCAGACAGCUGGGUGAAAAGAGCUGCCAAUCCUCUCCCUCUCCCUUGCCACACACAGACAGAAGUAACACAAGGAGGAGAGGAAUAUGAAAAGGAUGAAAUGUGUGAAUACCGUCUGAAUGUAGCUACGCCGUAUCUACCCUCGUGUCCUCUCGUUAGGAACACACACACACACACACACACACGAAGCAUUCCUAUCAAGUGGCACGUCGUAAAGAGCAAUGGAGUGUGUGUGUGUGUGUGUGUGUGUGUGUGUGUGUGUGUGUGUGUGUGUGUGCGCGCUUCUCCAGUCUCCCGAGAUGAAGGUUCCGACUGGCUGGUUCGUCUGAAGGCAUAUUGCGAUCACCUGCAUGAAUGGGUUAAUUGUAUUGGAAGGGGAGAAAGUUGUUUGACCAAAGUGAACGAGCAGGUGCAACUUUCUCACGUUAUGACUUUCCGCUCUUAAGACCUGAGGAAUUGUACUGAAGGAGAGAUGUUGUAUGAUUUGACAAGUGGAUGUAAUUUUCUUUCAUAUUGCACACUCUUAAGACAGCACGAAGAGUCAUUGUAUUAGAGAAGAUAACGGUGUAAACGAAGCGAAAGAAUAAAUGCAAUAUUGUGUUUUAGAAGACAAGACUCCAAAACCAGUAUCAAUAUUUAGUUUCUUCAUUAGUUUUAUUUGGUUUAUUAAUAUUUCUUUCCUUUAUAUUAGCGCUGCGUUGUUUUCCACUCGGCUUAUCGGAAAAAACGCAACGUGAUUAUUUUUUUUAUUAGAUAUCGAGGAACGUGUUGGAACAUGAUUGAUUGCCGCCAGUGACGUGUGCGCGGCUUUCCAUUGUGUGACUAAUGAGCAACACCCGUAACCUAUUCCCCUGUUUCUAAUUAGGAGUAACUGAGGAAUGUGAGCCAGGUAUUGGUGCGUGUAUUCUCUCCUCUGCCUUUCUGAUACCAAUACCACCACCAUCACCACCAUUGUUACCCCGACCACCACCACCACAAUGACUAAACUUGCACCAUCCUACCACCACUACUACUACUACUACUACUACUACAACAACCACUACCGUCAGCAUCACUUUUAUAACCACCACAACUACCCAAAAACAUCUGUUAUACCGUCACCACAACUCACCACAACACCUACUACCAUCUACAACUACCACUCCAUAACUACCACUACCACAAAAUAAUAACCACCACCACCACUAUCACAACCUCCCGAAACGUCCUCUACUACUACCACUACCACUACUACAACUCUUAUCACAACCACAACCAUUAAUACUACUUCCAUAACCGCCAACCUCCUUUAUCAUCAACACCACUCCUAUUCCUUUUAUACCACCACCACACAACCACCACCAUCAGCCACCCUCGGCAAUCGCUUCUCGCCCAACACUCCGCCCUGUAAUUGCUUGUCGAUUAACCAAACACGCGCCGGCGGAGGUUGAACAGAGUGGGAAUUAUACAGCGGUGGUUCAACGGAGAGGAGACCGAGGAUGCGAGAGGGAGUGCACGGACGUUCUCAUCGAAGCUCCCAUCAAAGAGACUCCUUCGAUUGGUAAACUUGUUAGACAGAGGAUGUUAUGAAAGGGAAUACAGCUUUUCUAAUGACACCUGGUACACUCUGAGACCUUCCUACUUGACCUCCUAAGCAGUAAAUGUCGACUUCCUGUUAGACACACACGCACACACCUUCCUCCUGUCACACCUAUCCCAUCCAGCGUUGCCAAAUUAUCGUACUAUUUUCAUUUUAUUUUUCU